AUGAUGGAAACCAGAAAGGAUAAGAUGAUAUUUGGUCCCGCUCUGCGCUGUAGACGUUCGCUCGUGAUGUCCUGGGAGGAUCGAUAUAUUCACAAGGAUGCCGCCAUUCCUAUCGGUGAGGAGGACAAAUGGAUUAUCAUCUCAAUGGCUCCAUAUAUCACCCGCGAUCAAUGGUGA